GUCCUGCUGGUGAUUCGCGACAGUUGGCCAUGGCUGCUCGCGUCAGAAAGGGACUACACCAAGAGCAACCCUACUACGCAACUUCUACAUUAACAUUAGCUUUUCCUUCUUCCUCACGAGUGCUACUUGAACUUUUCUACGGAGUCGUAUCUAUAGUUCAUUUAGCACUAGGACCUAGUUGUUACAUGGAAUAGCAAUAACUGAGGAGGACCACCCAGCAUCGAAGAAGCUGUGACCUUACUUUCAGAGGACCAAGAACAUCAACAAAGCCUCUGCGAGGACCUCAAAUUUCGAGACCUUGUCGGAGCUACCUCUUCAGUCAGCCUUAUUUGACCUGCUGAACUUCAGCUGCAGAGACUGACGCGAGCGUAG